AUGCCGUCGUCGUCAUCAAAGGAUAAGGACAAAGAGAAAGAGUCUAAUAAGACAAAAAAGACGACCGCAGUCACAAAAUCAAAGUCGAAAGAUGAACCAGAUAAUAAAACACCUGGAACAGAUGAUAAUAAAGGAAAAGACUCGGCAGUUGGCAAAGCAGCGUCUUCAACUGGUAACAGUGCUGCAAUGAAAUCUAUAUCACGUCCAACAAAUUCUCUUACGGCAUCAACGCAACAACAAAAUGAGUCAAUAUCAAGUGGAAAUAAUCUUAAUACAGGCGGUUCGAGUUUAACAUCAACACAUCCACCUCAAACACCGUUAACAAAAGUACAACCAAUGGCUGGCGCGCCUAACAUUCGUAAAGACAAUCGACGUAAUUCUUCGCGAUUUAAUAUUUCGAAAAAUCGCGAACUUGUCAAGUUACCAUUAAUGAAAGAGGCAGCAGCUAAUGAACGUGAAACAUUAUUUGUACAAAAAUUACAGCAAUGUUGCACUGUAUUUGAUUUUCAACUUGAUCCAUUAUCGGAUCUUAAAUGGAAAGAAAUAAAACGUGCUGCAUUAAAUGAACUUAUUGAUUAUAUUGCAUCUAAUCGUGGUGUUGUUACUGAAGCUGUCUAUCCGGAAGGUGUACGAAUGUUCUCUGUAAAUCUAUUUCGAACACUACCACCAAUAAGCAAUCCGUCAGGUGCGGAUUAUGAUCCGGAAGAAGAUGAACCAAAUCUUGAAGUUGCAUGGCCUCAUUUACAACUUGUCUAUGAUUUCUUUCUACGUUUUCUGGAAUCUCCAGAUUUUCAACCAAAUACAGCUAAACGAUAUAUUGAUCAAAAAUUUGUUCUUAAUCUACUCGAUUUAUUUGAUAGUGAAGAUCCACGUGAACGUGAUUAUUUAAAAACAAUUCUUCAUCGGAUUUAUGGAAAAUUUCUCGGUUUACGUGCUUAUAUACGAAAACAAAUCAAUAAUACAUUCUAUAAAUUUAUCUAUGAAACUGAACGACAUAAUGGUAUUGCUGAAUUACUUGAAAUUCUCGGAAGUAUUAUAAAUGGGUUUGCAUUACCAUUAAAAGAAGAACAUAAAGUAUUUUUAAUCAAAGUUUUAUUGCCAUUGCAUAAAGUUAAAACAUUGAGUGUUUACCAUCCGCAAUUAGCUUACUGUAUUGUGCAAUUUUUGGAAAAAGAUCCGAGCUUAACUCAACCGGUGAUCACGGGUUUACUUAAAUAUUGGCCAAAAACUCAUAGUCCCAAGGAGGUCAUGUUUCUCAAUGAAUUAGAAGAAAUUCUUGAUGUUAUGGAGCCAGUUGAGUUUCAAAAAGUCAUGGUUCCUCUAUUUAAACAAUUAGCUAAAUGUGUAUCAAGUCCUCAUUUUCAAGUUGCUGAAAGAGCACUCUAUUAUUGGAAUAAUGAAUAUAUCAUGAGUUUAUUAACAGAAAACGCCGCAGUCAUCUUACCAAUCAUGUUUCCAGCUUUGUAUAAAAAUACAAAAACACACUGGAAUAAAACAAUACAUGGUUUGAUUUAUAAUGCAUUAAAACUGUUUAUGGAAAUGAAUCAUAAAUUAUUUGAUGAAUGUUCACAAAAAUAUAAACUUGAAAAGCAAAAAGAAAAAGAGAAAUUACGCGAUAGAGAUGCAGCUUGGACGAAAAUUGAAUCAAAAGCUAGACAGAAUCCAAAUUAUAAAGUUUUUGCUGUGAAUCAACCUGAACUCUAUCGGCCAACUUAUAAUGAUGAUGAUGAUGGUGGAGCGGCGAAUAUAACUGCUAGAGAAAUUGAACAAGAAGCUAAAGAAGCAAGUCGUACUAUGCAAAAAGGCAAGCCAUCGAUAAGACGCAAGAGUGAGUUGCCUCAUGAUUAUUCUACAUUGAAUGCAUUGGAAAAACACAAGCGACCGAACGAGUUUUUAAAUUCUCCAGCUGAAACACAUCCUAAUGCUCAAUAA